AUGCGAGCAUUGGCAUCCGUGCUGCGGAAGGUCUGUGCGAAACAUUGGAAUCUAACGCAACGGAGGCAUCUCCGUGACGUUCUUGAUGAUGAUGAUGAUGAUAAAUCUCCGCCAAGAAAAGUUGGAGUAUCCGAGGCGCGAGAUGAUCGGGUACCACGAUGCGAUAAAUUACUACAUCCGAUAUAUAACUCCGUCUGCGAGCGAUCCCAGCCCUGA